CAGGACAACACGGGACAACAGUUGCUAAUCGUCAGACAUGAAUGGCACAGAGGGCCCAGAUUUCUACAUCCCAAUGUCCAACGUGACUGGGGUUGUCAGGAGUCCUCACGAGUAUCCUCAGUACUACCUGGCCGAGCCAUGGGUGUUCUCAUUCAUCAGUGUCUACAUGUUCUUCCUUAUCCUUAUCGGUAUUCCCGUCAACUUCUUCACACUCUGCGUCACGGUCAUGCACAAGAACCUGCGCACUCCAAUCUACUACAUCCUGGUAAACAUGGCUGUGGCUGACCUUCUUGUCCUCCUGGUCAGCUUUCCUUUUACGACACAUGCGGCCAUGCAUGGAUACUUUGUCCGCGGACAGGUGGGAUGCAAUUUUGAAGCCUUCUUCGGAGUCCACGGUACCCACAUUUCGUUAUGGUCCUUGGUCGUCCUAGCUGUCGAGAGGUGCAUGGUGUCCUGUCGACCAGGUAUAGACAUUCGCUUCCGCCGGAGGUUUGUGGUUAAGGCUAUUGGCUUCACCUGGCUUAUGGCUUUCAGCUGUUCUUUGCCUCCUCUGUUCGAGUGGUCACGUUACAUCCCUGAGGGUUUGCAGUGCUCAUGCGGUGUUGACUUCUACACCCUGAAGCCUGACCUCUUCAACGAGUCCUUCGUUAACUACAUGUUCACUGUGCACCUUAUCGUUCCGUUAAUGGUCAUCACUGUGUGCUUUUGCAGAUUGCUGUGCAUCGUUAAUAACGAUGCGAUUGAUAAGAAUGAGCGAGAUGCCAACCGCUGGACAGUUGUCAUGACUUUGGGAUUUUUCAUCUUAUGGCUGCCAUACUCUAGCAUCGGCUGGCAGGUCUUCAAAAACCAAGGGAGUGCUUUUAGUCCCUUGGCCUUGACACUGACCUCAUUCCUUGCCAAGGGUUCGGUUCUGUACAGUCCUCUCAUUUGCAUUUGCAUGGACAAGCAGCUCCGUCAGUGCAUGGUCACCACACUGUGCCAAGGAAAGAAUCCUUUCUCAGAUGACGUCGGAGCCUCAAACACCAAGUCCACGUCUGCUUCGUCCAGCUCGGUGGUUCCUGCAUAAGCCUAGUUCUCACAAUCCCUAAGCGUUUCAAGUUUACACAUCUGUGAAUAGAUAUCAGCACAACUCUUUAAAAUCUGAUUUACUGUACCUCACUGAUACAGUUGCCUAAAACUCCACUUGGAGAUCUUUUGGAAACUUUUAUGUUUCUUAAUGUCUGUUAUGCUAGGAUCUCGUAGGAAUAAACAGAAGAAGGAAUAAAUGUUCUUGACUGCGCUU